AUGAGGACCCACGACGCUCCAAUAGUGGCUUGCUUAUCAUGUAUAUUCCUUGCACUGGCGAAUACUAGCGCCUAUGUUCCGCAAUAUCGAAGCUCAACGACACAACUUUCGAUGGCUUCGGUCAGCGAUACCGACACCAAAGAGCAGUUUCCAUUGACUCCACCCAGCAAAUAUCCCACAGCAAGAGGUGCAACCGUGGAUUCUCGACAGAUUGUCGCAUCAGGGGCUGGGCGUCAGCACUUGACUGCUGUUCGACUGGCACACAUUUUAUUCGCAUCACAGGAUCUUGCCGAUGAGGCACUUCGCAAACUUCGCACUGCAGAAAUGUCGUUUGAAGAACUAGCCGGGCAGAUCAGUGCGUGUACGGAAACUCGUGACAAGGGUGGGGAAAUUGGCUGGAUAUCAGUCGACGAAAGCAAUUCCAACAAUGAGCACUUGGAUCUUCUCAUGCCGCCAGAAGCUCGCGAGCUUGCAAUACAGAUUACGACGAAGCCAGGAGAUAUUGUUUUGGUGCCGUCGUCAAGGGGAGUUCAUCUUGUUCAAACUGUAGACGUCAUGGCAGAUGUUCGAAAGAUGGCGUUCAUCAAGGAACGGAAAUCAAAGGCUGCCAGAGCUCGGGGUGGCGUUCUUUCAGGUGCCCUGGGAUCAGAUGGUUCCAAGCCUCUUACCUACAAACUUGAAACGAUGGGCUGCCAAAUGAAUCUUGCUGACUCUGAGAGAAUCGAAGGACAGCUUCAAAGUCUUGGUAUUCGUCGACUUGAUCCUAUAACCGAUAAAAAGAUCGACCCAGACGUUGUUGUAUUAAAUACUUGUUCGAUUCGAGAACAUGCCGAGUCCAAAGUAUACUCCUAUCUAGGACCUCAUGCCAAGCGAAAGCGUGACGGUGAGGACGUUGCUAUCAUCGUUGCUGGAUGUGUCGCUCAACAAGAGGGAGAAGCAUUAUUGAGAAGGGUACCAGAGGUGGAUUUGGUCAUGGGGCCGCAGUAUGCCAACCGAAUUGCCGACCUUUUGGAAGACGUUUCGAACGGAAAUCAAGUCGUAGCCACAGAGGCUACUCACAUUAUGGAGGACUCCUCGAAGCCAAGACGACAGUCAACAACAUGUGCCUGGGUCAAUGUCAUUUAUGGCUGUAACGAACGUUGCGCCUUUUGCAUCGUCCCAACAACCAGAGGCGUGGAACAGUCGCGUCCAGCGGAAAGUAUUGUUGAGGAAGUAGAAGGAUUGAUCGAACAAGGAUUCAAGGAAGUUACUCUCUUGGGACAAAACAUCGAUGCCUAUGGACGAGACAUGGUUCCAAAGCGCAAGUUUUCCGAUCUUUUGCGAGCCGUUGGUAGCAUUCCGGGUUUGAAGCGACUCCGUUUUGUUACCUCGCAUCCAAAAUACAUGUCACUGGGUGUAGUCGAUGCAGUUGCCGAGACUCCAGCCGCCUGCGAGAACUUUCAUAUUCCAUUUCAGUCGGGGUCAGACACAAUCCUUCAAACCAUGGGGCGUGGUCACACUCGUGAAAAGUACCUGCAUAUUGUGAACAGAAUUCGAUCGCGCCUACCCGAGGCAUCCAUUACAGCUGACGUGAUUGUUGGAUUUCCCGGAGAAACAGAAGAAGACUUUCAAGAUACCCUCAGUUUGAUGGAAGAAGUCAAGUUUGACAGUGUCAACACGGCCGCCUACUCUCCCCGUCCCAACACUCCCGCUGCCACGUGGGAGAACCAAUUGGACGAUGCCACCAAACAAGACCGACUACAACGCAUCAAUGUUUUGGUCAAACAACACGCGGCAGAACGUCGGGCCCGCCUGUUGGGCCGAACUGUUGAAGUUUUGGUGGAAGAACGCAAUGUCCGAAUCCCCACCCAAGUCAUGGGCCGCACUACUCAGGGGUAUAUUGUCUAUUGUGAAGGAGAUAUUGAUGUACUCCGUGGAGAACUCGUCAAUGUGGAGAUUGAACUAACGAAACAAUUCCAUUUGGCAGGAACGAUAGUUCCAUAA